UCCUCCUCAUCACAACCACGACGACGGGUCACCGACCGUCACGAAAUUGUCACUGAAGACCAACACAAACUGAAGCAGUCCGUCACACCUUGGUCACGACUAUCAGGACCACUUGCAGGAUAACUAAUAAAAUGGAUUCAGCCACCAUCCAAACCCCCACGUCCCUUUCUGCCCCCACUAGCAACCGCAGGCGUAAAUACGAAAAUGAGACACCUAGUCAAAGGACCAAGCGAGAGAAAGCUGCAGAACGUCAACGGAGAAAGAGAGAGCGCGAUAGGAACGCUAUUCACAAUCUCGGUACAGCCCAAAUGAAUCACAAAGAUUUUCAGCAACAGCACCAGCAAGUAGACCAUAAUCAGACAUUGUCUUCUUCAUCUCAGAUGCAGCAAGGUGAUUACGAGGACUUGACUCCUGAAGAGGCUGCGAGACGAGAGAGGGUUCGGGCGGCAGCGAGGGAGAGGCAAAGGAAACAUCGAGCCCUGGUGAAGCAGAGGAAGAUGCGGGAACUUGGGAUGGAUAUGGGCAAUCAGAUCGUUCCGAACCUUGAAGCGCUUCAGUAUCCUGAGGCACAGUACCAACUUACUCAAGAGAUGCAACAACAAGGACCUCCUCCUGGUUCGGUGGACCCGCAAGCUGGAGAGCCAGCUUUUCCUCGAAUACAGGGUCAUGGAGGGCAAAUGUUUGCCACAACACUACUCCUUUCAUUCUCAUGCGCCCCACUACUCAAGCAGCAUCUUUUGGACACUUUGCAGAUGUCCAAUGAAGAACUCGCUUCACUGGAACCGAUUAUCGCCGAUGCAUGGGAUCAAUGGGAUAGGCAGCGGCGCCAAUUUGAUCCCCAGUCUUUUGAACCCAACGCUUCUUCGGCUUCGUCGACAACCACGACGAAUUCUACGGCGUCCACUUCGACGUCCACUUCGUUUGCACAACUUGGUCCAGGAGCCACCGCAUCAGAGACAGCGGCAGCGGCUAUUGCGGCCGUCGUUACCCCAGAUUUUCGCACAAGAUUUCAUCGUUCGAUUUUGGCCCCGAGCCCAUUCCAAGCCCAGGCGGCGGCUGCAGCUGCCCAGGCUGGCGUUAGCGGAGCUAGGUCGCCUGCUCCGGCCAUUGAUCCUCAUCUGAGUGAAAACAAGGACGAGACAUAACGCCCCUCAGCGCCUUGAAGGACGGCAGUGCAUUUCGCUGGAUGUUGAAUGGCCAACGAUGAAGCUGUGAAUGUUUCACGACUCAUUCCCUUGUCACUUUUCGAU